CUGCUCUCCGCUCCGCGAUGGGAAAAGUUGGUGCCGGCGGCGGCUCCCCAGCCGGGCUGAGCGCGCUCUUCGCCGGCGCGGGGCUCCUGCUCUUCUGCGCCCCGGGCGCCUGCGGCGGCGGCUCCUGCUGCCCCCACCUGCACCCCAGCUCCGGCCCACGCUGGGCUCCGACCCCAGGAGCUUUUUUUCACCAGGGACCGCGAGGCAAGCCUCCUGCCACGCCCCCGCCCCUCCUGGGUCGCCCACUGUUCGCAGUGGCCCCCGGAGACCGAGCGCUGCCCCUGGAGCGGGCCCGGGGCACCGGGGCAUCCGUGGCGGUUGCUGCACGCUCUGGCCGGAGGAAACGGAGUGGAGCGGAUCCGGAGAAGGCAGAACAAGGAGAGGGCUCCAGUAGAAGCCCCCGGGGAGUGCUCAGGGACGGAGGGCUGCCGCAGCCUGGGACUCAGGAGCGGGACCCCGACAAAGCCACUCGCUUCCGGAUGGAGGAGCUGAAACUGACCAGCACCACGUUCGCGCUGACGGGCGACUCAGCACACAACCAAGCUAUGGUCCACUGGUCCGGCCACAACAGCAGCGUGAUUCUCAUUUUGACGAAGCUCUACGACUAUAACCUGGGGAGCAUCACUGAGAGCUCACUUUGGAGGUCCACCGAUUAUGGGACAACCUAUGAGAAGCUGAAUGAUAAAGUUGGGUUGAAAACAAUUUUAAGCUACCUCUACGUGUGUCCCACCAACAAACGUAAGAUUAUGUUACUCACGGACCCUGAGAUCGAGAGCAGUUUGUUGAUCAGCUCAGAUGAAGGAGCGACCUAUCAGAAGUACCGGCUGAAUUUCUACAUCCAGAGCUUGCUUUUCCACCCCAAGCAGGAGGACUGGAUUCUGGCAUACAGCCAAGACCAAAAGUUAUACAGCUCUGCUGAAUUUGGGAGAAGGUGGCAGCUUAUCCAGGAAGGGGUUGUACCAAACAGGUUCUAUUGGUCUAUGAUGGGAUCAAACAAGGAGCCGGAUCUCGUGCAUCUCGAGGCCAGAACGGUGGACGGUCAUUCACAAUACCUGACUUGCCGAAUGCAGAACUGCACGGAAGCCAACAGAAAUAAGCCUUUCCCAGGCUACAUCGACCCAGACUCCUUGAUUGUCCAGGAUGAUUAUGUGUUUGUUCAGCUGACGUCGGGAGGACGGCCGCACUACUACGUGUCCUACAGAAGGAAUGCCUUUGCCCAGAUGAAGCUACCCAAGUAUGCCCUGCCCAAGGACAUGCACGUCAUCAGCACAGAUGAGAACCAGGUGUUUGCGGCGGUCCAAGAAUGGAACCAGAACGACACCUACAAUCUCUACAUCUCAGACACCCGGGGUGUCUACUUCACCCUGGCCUUGGAGAAUGUCCAGAGCAGCAGAGGCCCUGAGGGCAAUGUCAUGAUCGACCUCUAUGAGGUAGCAGGGAUAAAGGGAAUGUUCUUGGCUAACAAGAAGAUUGACAACCAAGUGAAGACAUUCAUCACGUAUAACAAGGGCCGAGACUGGCGUUUGCUGCAGGCGCCAGACACGGAUUUGAGAGGAGAUCCUGUGCACUGCUUACUGCCAUAUUGCUCACUACACCUUCACCUGAAGGUCUCUGAGAACCCCUACACAUCAGGGAUCAUUGCCAGCCGAGAUACAGCCCCCAGCAUCAUAGUGGCAUCAGGGAACAUAGGUUCUGAAUUGUCCGACAGCGACAUCAGCAUGUUUGUCUCUUCAGACGCAGGGAACACUUGGAGGCAGAUCUUUGAAGAAGAGCACAGUGUGCUGUAUCUGGAUCAAGGCGGAGUCCUGGUUGCUAUGAAGCACACAUCUCUCCCGAUCCGGCAUCUCUGGUUGAGUUUUGAUGAAGGGAGAUCUUGGAGCAAAUACAGUUUCACAUCUAUCCCACUUUUUGUGGAUGGGGUUCUGGGUGAGCCUGGGGAAGAGACUCUAAUCAUGACAGUGUUCGGACACUUCAGCCACCGCUCUGAAUGGCAGCUGGUGAAAGUGGACUACAAGUCCAUUUUCGAUAGGCGGUGUGCGGAGGAGGACUACAGACCUUGGCAGCUGCACAGCCAGGGGGAAGCAUGCAUCAUGGGAGCAAAAAGGAUAUACAAGAAGCGAAAAUCAGAGCGGAAAUGUAUGCAAGGAAAGUAUGCAGGAGCCAUGGAAUCGGAGCCCUGUGUCUGCACAGAGGCCGACUUUGACUGUGACUAUGGUUAUGAGCGACACAGCAAUGGCCAGUGCCUGCCAGCAUUUUGGUUCAAUCCAUCUUCUCUGUCGAAAGACUGCAGCUUGGGACAGAGUUACCUCAACAGUACUGGGUACAGGAAGGUGGUUUCCAAUAACUGCACUGACGGAGUGAGAGAACAGUACACUGCCAAACCCCAGAAGUGUCCGGGGAAGGCCCCGCGGGGGCUCCGGAUCGUCACUGCUGACGGAAAGUUGACAGCGGAACAAGGGCACAAUGUCACUCUCAUGGUGCAACUGGAGGAGGGCGACGUGCAGAGGACAUUCAUCCAAGUGGACUUCGGUGACGGCAUUGCCGUGUCUUACGUCAACCUCAGCUCCAUGGAAGAUGGGAUCAAACACGUCUACCACAAUGUGGGCAUUUUCCGAGUGACCGUGCAGGUGGACAACAGUCUCGGGUCUGACAGCGCCGUCCUGUACUUACAUGUAACUUGUCCCCUGGAGCAUGUGCACCUGUCCCUCCCCUUUGUCACCACAAAGAACAAAGAGGUCAACGCGACUGCAGUGCUGUGGCCCAGCCAAGUGGGCACCCUCACCUAUGUGUGGUGGUACGGAAACAACACGGAGCCCUUGAUCACCUUGGAGGGAAGCAUAUCAUUCAAGUUUACUUCCGAAGGGAUGAACACCAUCACGGUGCAGGUCUCAGCGGGGAACGCCAUCCUGCAAGACACCAAGACCAUUGCGGUGUAUGAGGAAUUUCGAUCUCUUCGCCUGUCCUUUUCUCCAAACCUGGACGACUACAACCCGGACAUCCCCGAGUGGAGGAGGGACAUCAGCCGCGUCAUCAAAAAGUCCCUGGUGGAAGCCACUGGGGUCCCGGGCCCCCACAUCUUGGUGGCGGUGCUCCCUGGCUUGCCCACGGCUGCUGAGCUCUUUGUCUUGCCGUAUCAGGACCCAGCAGGAGAACACAAAAGGUCAGCUGAGGAUCUGGAGCAGAUAUCGGAACUGCUGAUCCACAAGCUCAACCAGAACGCAGUGCACUUCGAGCUGAAACCCGGGAUCCAGGUGCUUGUCCACGCAGCCCACUUAACAGCAGCCCCACUGGUGGACCUCACUCCGACCCACAGUGGAUCCGCCAUGCUGAUGCUGCUCUCCGUGGUGUUUGUGGGGCUGGCCGUGUUCGUCAUCUACAAGUUUAAGAGGAGAGUAGCUUUACCCUCCCCUCCCUCCCCUUCUACUCAACCUGGUGACUCAACUCUCCGAUUGCAAAGAGCAAGACAAGCCACUCCGCCUUCAACGCCAAAGCGGGGAUCUGCUGGGGCACAAUUUGCAAUUUAAGGAAAACCCCCAAAGGCCACAGGCGACCAGCUGAUCAGGAAAGAAUUUCGCUCUUGUCAAGUGCAUCAUGCUUCAUGACCACUAACUUUAUGUUUUCUUUCUUUCCUCUGUUGUUCUGUUUCCUAUUUUGCCAGGAAGUAUUUCCAUAGUUGCUGAGAAUCAAAGCACAAAAGAAAUCCCUACCUAUGUAAAUGUUUGAAUGGAGGACGCCAGUAAAAACAAAAAUAAACAAACAAAAAAACAAAAUAAAAACAAUCAAAAUCCAAACAAACAAACAAACACGCACUGCAUCGGGACUUUUUAAUUCUUCAGACACAGACAACAAGGGUUUUUAGCUUUAAGCCUGUGCAUGUGGACUGUACCUUGAGACCAUGCUCCGAGGGGCAGUGUACAGGUGCUCUAUUUUAAUGGAAAAACACUCCCCUCCCCCUCCCUUCGCUCUCUUUUUCUGAUCGGUCGUGUUUGUAGAAACUUCCUAACAUAUUUAGGCCAAGGAAAUCUGCAUGUAUUUUUGGAAAUAUUCUUGGCUCUAGAUUUAACAGCGAUUUUAGCUCUCCCGGCUGAUGGGUGGGGUAGCCACCCCAGCCCCUUUCCCAAGACACAAAGACAUGCACAGGAGUUUGAAACCCUGAGCUGUUUCUCUGUUCCAUCUUCCUUAUUGCCAUUUCCGCUUCCAAGUUAUCUGGUAGCUCUGUGGGCCCCAAGGCUGCUUUCUGCAUUCGGUGUGGCCACAGGGGUAAAGACAGGAGUUGAAGCUCCAUGCUCGCAGGCAGAGUAGGGAAGGAAGGAAGGCAGGCAGGCAGGCAGGGAAAGCGUGCCAGAAGCGAACCUGUGUUCUCCGUUCACCCAGUCCAGUCACGACUGCUUCCUUUGCAGCUUUCUCUACUCCUUGCCCGGUUUAGAUGGAAAACAGAAUCCCAGUUACCCAUUGACUGGCCUUUCCAUUUGUUUGCUCUCCAUUUGUGGUCAUGAUCUGUUGAUGACCUUGUAUCUCUUCCUUCCAGUCCCCAAGUUACCCCUCAUCUGCACCUACCUUGUCUUCCCAAACACAUUGCUAAGAUUCUGGACACAUUAGCCCUGAUGUUCCCUAAAUAGUGGCCUCUUCUCUGCCAACCCUGCCUCCACCACCUGCAAGUUUCUGGUCUGUCAGUCUUGUACACUCCCAGGCAUGCCAGCUUCCUCACUCACUGGUCCAGCUGCACCCUGCCCUGCAGGGUUCAGCUUCAUGUGCCCUCUGACUCCUCCUGUAGUACCUGCCUCUUCCAAUAUCCUUGUCCUCUCCCCCCUGGAAACAUAUCAUGUGUGUGUGAAAGAGUCGGUUUGUACGCAAAGCAACUCAAACCUGGCCAUGUACAUUGGAAAAGAAAGCAUUCAGAUGAAUGGUGGUAUCCUCACACCAUCACAAACAUCUUAUGCAGGCCGAUUUUAGAAGAUUCCUGUGAAGUGUUUUGAACUUGUUACUGUAUGGCAGGGCAAUUUCCUUCUGUGAUGGUUGCUGUACUCAGUAUUUCCUCUCUCACAGUAGAGUGAGAAUAUUUGUAAAAUAAAACUGUUUUAACUGGAAGAAGAAGCAGGUUAAUGGAUUUAAUGUUCAAGAGUGUCAAAAAGUCUAAAAGCAGACGGAGGUCUUGUCUUACAUUAGGAUGAGAUUUUGAUGAUGCAGAAUCACCCCAGACACCUCACCUGCGUGCUCUCUGAUCUCUGGUGCCGUAAUAUCCACUAAGACAAAAUCAGUAGCAUAAAGGAGAGGAGUUAGCUCACUAACUAAAGUGAAUUGGCUCACAGCAUGAAGAAAUUCCAGUUUUCCCAGGGCAAUUGGAAAAGAAGGCCCAGAGAAAGAAGGUAACAAACGUAUGUCCAGCAGAGGGUAUAGGAGUAUUCUGGGUUGGGCAAACCCACUCUAAAAUAGAGAAGAAAGCUGUUUUGAAAAACAGUUUUGAUCACUCAGAGAGCACAGCCUCUUUCUUGGUCAUGUCCCCCAGCCAACAGCAGGAUGUAAGAGGGCCCUGGUGAUAUAACAGGACCCAGGGUGUCCCAAAGACCCUGAUGGUCCCUGCCCUUGUGUAGCCCAAGCAGAGGAAGACUAGUGAGGCUGACGUGAAAAGUUAAUCAAGCAGAAGAUGUUAUGGUUGAAGAUGCCCAGAAUGAGUUCUGGGAAAUGGAUUGAUGCCUGAGUGGCCAUCUAUUUGUAGAACUCAAUUGAUCCCCGACCUGCCAGGCUUCCUAUCCCAUAGGAGACAUCCUCAUUGAUCCUCUUCAGUUGGAGCCUCCCAAAUUUAAUCUGGAAGACAAAAUGUCUGGGAACCAAAAGAGGCUCACUCGAAACAGCACAGGAAAGUCCUCAGAGUUGCAGUUCACAUCAUUUUAAUUG